AUGAAGCUGCUGCACGCCAGCGAAUGGCGCAUGGUCGACUUCAUCUCGGACGAUGCCACUCCACGAUAUGCCAUCCUCUCACACACCUGGGGGCCCGACGAGGUUACGUAUCACGACUGGCGAAACCUGUCCAUGUCCGAUGUCAAACUCAAAGCUGGAUGCGCCAAGAUCCUGGCGUGUCGCGAGCAAGCCGUGCGAGACGGGCUUGAGUGGGUUUGGGUUGAUACGUGUUGCAUCGACAAGUCCAGCAGUGCCGAGCUCACCGAGGCGAUAAACUCCAUGUUUCGCUGGUACACGAAUGCCCAUGUGUGCCAUGUUCUGCUUUCUGAUGUAGAAGCAACGUCUGAUCGUGCCGUGUUGGAAGAGCGCAUGGCAAAGAGCCGAUGGUUCACUCGUGGAUGGACGUUGCAGGAGCUCCUCGCGCCACCCCCAGAGAAGCUCAUCUUCUACUCCAGUGACUGGACCCGGCUCGGCUCGAAAACAGAUUUCGUCGACAUUGUUUCAGCCAUCACCAGGAUAAACAAACAAUAUCUGCAAGGUCGAGACUUGCGACAUGCGAGCGUGGCGCAGAAGAUGUCAUGGGCGGCACUGCGGCAGACCUCGCGACUAGAAGACAUUGCUUAUUGCCUCUUGGGAUUGUUUGACAUCAACAUGCCCAUGAUCUACGGUGAAGGUCGCAGGGCAUUCAUUAGAAUCCAAGAAGCCAUCAUGGCUUCGACUCCAGACGAUCACAGUCUGUUUGCGUGGGGGCCAAUCCUCGACGAGGCGGAUAUCGCGUCCAAGAUUUCCGAUUCCUCGGCAUUCCACGAAAAGGAGCCGCCACGGCCAGACUCGGCCACCUGUGAGCUGGAAUUGUUCGGCUUGCUCGCCGCAUCCCCGAAAGACUUUGAGCACUCGGGCAAGAUUAUUGUGUCACGAGAGGCGGCAUGGUUCUAUAAGAGGACAGACAAUCCAAACCUUCCCACCAAGAUUGGCCGCGACGCAUUUCGCCUCGACAUGCCAAUGUGGAGUCAACAGAUGCGUGCAUUGUAUCACUGGAAGGAACCAAACAUUGCCCAGUAUCGAUACCUCGAUUACGCUGCUUUAUUGUGCCACUUUGAGGAUGACCCUUCAUCGUCCAGCUCAGUGAUUCUCCCCCUCUUGGCGAAUGGCGGCUGGACAGUCAGUCGCCCUCGCACCCUGUGCUACCGGCGCCAAAAGAACAUUAUCUAUUCAUCAGUCUCAAGUAAGCAGACCGUCUCCAUUGCUCCUGAAAAGCAAAUCGAAGUUCGCCCCGGGGAUGUCAUCUUCCGUCGAUUGGAGUACACUGGUUCAGCAAAGAGUGUGACCCCCAUUUGGGUAGACGACAGCAGUUCGUAUGAUUUCGACUACGGGAUCGGGCUCUUGUCUUCGUCCGACUCCCAACGUAGAUAUGGGGGAAUGCUUAUUCUGAGUUUCAACUUAUUAGAUCAAGAGGACCGGGCAAUAUCAGUUGUCUUGCAUCGCUUGUUGACUGAUGACCGGAUAUUCAUACAAGUCAUACCAGUCAACUUCUCUGGCAAACAACGACUCGAGAGUGACGGUAUAACAUGGUAUGACGGUUUCGAAUGGAGCAAAGCGACUCCCAUGUUUAGCCACUCCAUGGCUUUUCCUUUCGACGAGUGGCAUGUGAAGAAAAGUCCAAUGCCCGAUGUGUACCUGCGCGCUGAGAGAGUCCCUAUAGACGGAGGAGACCAUUUCGUCGAUGUCCUGGAUCUUUUAGUUGGGUGUAACCUAGACUCGUCCUGA